GAUGCUCUACAGUGGUGGUCAACGCGGCGAGGGAAGUACCCGAUCGUGGAGGCUUUAGCUCGGAAAUGGUUAGGAUGUAUUGCAACUUCUGUGCCAUCGGAGCGUGCGUUUUCCAAGCGUGGAAAUGUAGUUACCUCGAAGCGAUGCUCGUUGGACCCUGAGACCAUUCGCGACACGUUGUUCGUCAGUGAAAAUUAU